UUUUUUUUCUUCUUUUUACACCGGUGCUAUGAGGGGUCCCAGCGGCGAGGUCGGAGUGUUCGUCCGGAUCAGACCAACCGCCAACUUCGCUCAAGACCUCAUUCAGUGUCUUCCUGACGGGCAGACUGUGAACAUCUAUCAAAGAAGAGACCCAAGGAAACUAGCAGAGUCCAGGAAGAGUCAGUUGAGCUCCUGGUCAUUUCGGCUGGGAGGGGUCCUGCAUAAUGUGUCCCAGGAGGAGGUGUACACCAGAGUGUGUAAACAAGUGGUACUGGGAGCACUGGAUGGCUAUAAUGGUACAGUGAUGUGUUUUGGGCAGACAGGUGCGGGAAAAACGUACACCAUGACAGGAUCUACAGAGUCUUUCAAGCAGAGAGGGAUCAUUCCUCGGGCCCUUCAAGAAGUGUUUCAGGAGGUGGAGAAGAGGACUGAACACGCGUUCUCCGUGCACCUAUCCUACCUGGAGAUCUACAAUGAGACCCUGGGGGACCUGCUGUCAUCACUGCAGGGCUCACCACACCUGUCCUCACGGGGCAUGGUGGUGACGGAGGACCCGAGCAGAGGAGUGUUUAUCAGAGGUCUGUCUCUUCAUCCUGUUCACAGCGAGGAAGAGGCUCUCAACCUUUUGUUUGAGGGAGAGAUGAAUCGCAUAAUUGGAUCUCAUACCCUAAACAGGAAGUCAUCCAGGUCGCACUGUAUCUUAACAGUGCAUAUUGAGUCUCGCUCACGAAUUGUAUCCAAUGCCAAGUACAUUACCUCUAAGCUAAAUCUAGUGGAUUUGGCUGGAUCUGAGAGGCUGGGAAAGACUGUGUCAGAGGGUCAAAUGUUGACGGAAGCCACGUAUAUCAACAAGUCCUUGUUAUUUCUGGAGCAGGCCAUCCUGGCUCUAGCAGACCGUCGCAGAGACCAUGUCCCCUUCAGACAGACGAAACUCACACAUGCCCUCAAAGACUCACUGGGAGGAAACUGCAACACUGUGCUUGUGGCCAACAUCUAUGGUGAGGCUGCACAGAUAGAAGAAACACUCUCUACUCUGCGUUUUGCCAGCAGAAUGAAGUGCGUCAAGACCAAUGCUGCUGUUAAUGAACACAUGGAUCCAGCAGUCCACAUCAAGAAACUUCAGAAGGAAGUACAAAUGCUGAAAGAAGAGUUGUCCAUCCAUAAUACACUGAUCAAGCGAGCAGGUGUCACAUAUGAGCCGCUGUCCGAAGCCCAACUAGCUGAGAUCCAGAGCCAGGUUCAGAUGUACCUUGAGGGAAGCCUGGAUGAAAUCAGUAUCAUAAGCAUCAGGCAGGUUCGAGCAGUGUUCGCCCAGUUCAAAGUUGCUGUCCAGGAACGGGAGCAGAAGGUUAAGACUCAGCUAUGCCACACCUUUAACUUGGUGAAGAAAGACCAAAGUGCUAACGCAGCUGCUAUUAUGGAGUGGGAUACCAGAAGUAGCCCUGAGGAUGUGGAGGCUGGCAGCUUUGAGGGGUCACAGAAACAGACAAAUCGCCCAAGUUCAACCAAAGCCAAAGCUAAGCCAAAGUCCAGGGAAAAACAGAGCCAAAGCAAGAGACAAGGAGAAGGGACUCCUGUUUCAAAGAAGCGUUCAGAGACUGCCUCCAAAUCAAAGCUAAACUCUGUCCAGAUGCCUGAAAAGGAACAGGAGCCACAACAACCAGACAGUGAUAGCCAGGACACACAGGAAUCACAACUAGCUGCCAGUGAACCUCUUCAGGUUGAGUCUCCUCAGCCCAAAGCAGAAGCAUUUGAGGAUUUCAAGGUGGGACAAGGCAGCAAGAUUAACUUCAUCCUUAAGGAGAAUAAGGCUGUUCUGCUGAAACGCCACAGUCUUCUCCGACAACUCACGGAAGAGGUCAACGCCGUUAAGAGAGCCAUCGACUGCACCACCGCCACCUUACAGCAACACGAGAUGAGAAGAGACAGAGGUCAAUAUUUUGAUAUGGAUGGGGAGCCAGAUGCCUCUUUAUUGGUGCAGCUUGGAGAGCUUAAGACACAGUACCGGCAGAGAUACAAGGCACUGCGUAACAUCAAGGCAGAGGUCAACUACUGUCAACACCUUGUGGAUCAGUGCAGAGUGCGCCUGUUUUCUGAAUUUGAGACCUGGUAUAAGCGGUCUUUCCUGUUACCUGAGGAGGACGACGAGGAGCUCGACGUAACUAGCGACAAGAACUGCACACGGGAAGAGGACAGUUUAAAGUCUUUGGAGGAGCUACAGUCAGAGCCUCUCUCCAACAACCCCAGCUCAGAGUCCUUUUAUAACGCCCGCCACAGGAUGCUGAAACGGAGGAAAAGUAGAGUCCCAUCUUGCAGCCCAGUGCAACAGAACAUGACUGUAGGAACUGGACCAAGAAGACUUCCUCGAAUUCCGCUUGUUACCAAAGUUAAGUGAGUGUCAUGUACAAACUAAACCUUGUGACAUCUGUAAAUGCUAAAAGUGUAAUUGGCUGUAACCGCUUGUUAAUCUGUGAAUUGUGUUUUAUGUGAAGUUUGUACAUGAACGGAUCAUAAAAGACGCUACACAGUGAAUCCACUUCUUAAAUGAAAAGUAAAAUUUAUUAUUCCUGAACCACAAAAUAGACUUCUUUGGUUGUACAAAUUCACUAGUUACAGUCUUGUGUGAGCUAUAACCCUUGACCCUAGGACCUCUGACCCUUUCCCUCUGACCUAUUUGCAAGUAAAGCCCCCAAAGAGAACUCAAGACAAAAGAAUAAACACAGAAACACUGCAUCAAUAAUGUAGUGAAACCCAUCUGAAAAAAAGAUUCAUCUACUGUAAGUUUAAAAAAAGA